GGGUGCCGCCGGCGCCACCGCCCAAGGGGGAGCCGAGCCCAGCCCAGCCGAGGCGGGCAGGGCGGGUUACCGAUCACUCGCUGCGGAGCCCCGGGGCCGCGCGGGGCGGUCCCCUCCGCCUUCCUCCCUCCCUCCCCGCCGCCGCCGCGCACACGGAGCGCCGGCAGCUGGCCGCGGCGGCUGCGCCUGCCCCGCUCCCCCACCGUCCCCUGCCUGUUGCGCCCACGCCGGUCCUGUCCCGCCGCCGCUCGGGCGCGGAUGGGCGCCGCGGGGCAGCGCCGCUGCUAACCGGGCGGGCGGCCGCGGGGAGCCUGCGGGGGCUUGCCGCCCCCGCCGCCCCGGGCCCGGCGGGCAUGGAGGUGCAGCUGGGGGUCGGCCGCGUCUAUCCGCGGGCGGGGGGCAGGACAUUCCGCGGGGCUUUCCAGAGCUUCUUCCAGAGCGUCUGCGAGGCGUUCCAGGCGCCACGGGAGGAGGCGGGCGGCAGCCUGCAGCCCUGCCUGCCGAGCCCCCGGCACCCGCCGGGCUCGCCCGCCUUCCUGCCGCCCCCGGAGCCCCGCGGCGCCGGGAAGGCGCUGCCGGCCGGCGGCCCCGCCAUGGGCUCCCCGUUCCCCUGCGCCGGCGAGCUGCGGGAGCUGCUGUGCGAGGCGGGCGCGCUGCCGCUGCUGCCGCCGCUCGAGGCCGAGCCGGCGUCCAAGGAGGACCCGCUGGGCGACAGCGCCAAGCAGCUCUGCAGGGCCGUGUCCGCCUCCAUGGGCCUGGCCCUGGAGGCGCUGGAGCCGCCGCCCGGGGAGCCGCUGCCCCGGGAGGACUGCAUGUUCGCCCUGCCCGCCGCGCCGCACCGCGCCCCCCGCCCGCCCGCCGGGGACCCGCCAGAGCCGCCGCCCGCCCCGGCCGCCUUCGCGGGCGCCGGGGCCGCCCUGGCCGUCGAGGCGCCCGCCGCGCCGGGGCUCUACCGCGGCUCGCCGGGGCCCGCGGCCCGGCCGCCCCCCGCCUUCAGCCUGGCGCCGUCGCCCACCCGCAUCAAGCUGGAGGGGCCGGGGGGGCCGGCGGCGGGCGGCGGCUGGGGCGCUCCGUGCCGCUACGGCCCCGAGGUGGCCGCGCCGGGCCCCGCCGCCCCCUGGCCCGCUUUCCUCGCCGAGGAGGGGCCGCUGUACGGGCCCUGCGCCGAGCCGCCCGCCGGGCUUCUUGGCUGCGGCCGGGCACCGGCCACCGAGGCCGCCGACUGCCCCGCCGACACCUGGUACCCGGUGGGCCGGCCGCCCUUCGUCUCCCCCGCCGCCUGCAUCAAGAGCGAGCUGGCGCCCUGGGACGAGGGCUACGCCGGCGCCUACGGCGACCUCCGGUUGGAGACUGGCCGUGAACACGUCUUGCCCGUUGAAUAUUACUUUCCACCUCAAAAGACUUGUCUGAUCUGUGGAGAUGAAGCAUCUGGGUGCCACUAUGGAGCCCUCACUUGUGGUAGCUGCAAAGUCUUCUUCAAACGAGCGGCUGAAGGUAAACAGAAAUACCUCUGCGCCAGCCGGAACGACUGCACCAUCGACAAAUUCAGAAGGAAAAACUGCCCGUCCUGCCGCCUGCGGAAGUGCUAUGAGGCUGGGAUGACGCUCGGAGCCCGCAAGCUGAAGAAGCUGGGUAACCUGAAGACACCAGAUGACAUGGAGGCAGCCAGCUCAUCCAGCCCCACAGAAGAGCAACCUCCCAAGAUGGUGAUGACGCACAUUGAUGGAUACGAGUGCCAGCCCAUCUUCCUCAAUGUCCUGGAGGCCAUUGAGCCUGGCGUGGUGUGUGCUGGCCAUGACAACAGCCAGCCAGACUCCUUCUCCAACCUGCUGACCAGCCUGAAUGAGCUCGGAGAGAGGCAGCUGGUCUACGUGGUCAAAUGGGCGAAGGCCUUGCCAGGCUUUCGCAACCUGCAUGUAGACGACCAGAUGUCCAUAAUCCAGUACUCUUGGAUGGGCCUUAUGGUUUUUGCUAUGGGUUGGAGAUCUUUCACCAAUGUCAAUUCCAGGAUGCUUUACUUCGCUCCAGAUUUGGUCUUCAACGAGUACCGGAUGCACAAAUCCAGAAUGUACAGCCAAUGUGUCAGGAUGCGGCACCUCUCUCAGGAGUUCGGGUGGCUUCAGAUCACACCCCAGGAGUUUCUCUGCAUGAAGGCUCUACUCUUCUUCAGUAUUAUUCCAGUGGAUGGCCUGAAGAACCAGAAGCUCUUUGAUGAACUUCGAAUGAAUUACAUUAAGGAACUUGACCGUAUCAUCGCUUGCAAGAGGAAGAACCCUACCUCCUGCUCUCGGCGAUUUUACCAGCUCACCAAGGUCCUGGACUCCGUGCAUCCUAUUGCCAAGGAUCUGCAUCAGUUUACAUUUGACCUUUUAAUUAAGGCACAUAUGGUGAGCGUGGACUACCCUGAAAUGAUGGCUGAGAUAAUCUCUGUGCAGGUCCCCAAGAUCCUGUCUGGAAAAGUCAAGCCUAUCUACUUCCACGCACAGUGAUCUUCCGGGAGGACCUCCCAGUUCUGCCACCCGCAUUUCUGCCAUCUCCUGCCUGUUAUUUCUGCACUACUGUACUGCAGUGCCUUGGGGAAUCCCCUCUACAGAGGCGGUGUGCCAAGAAGUUGGACAGUUACAAAUGACUACCUGCUGGGAUUCCUGAGAUCUCUAUUUUUCCUGAGGUACCUCUGAACUGAACUACCUGCCACGGCUUCUGCCUAGAUUUGGCGGGUUCGCUGUGCCGGGGCGGGGGACUGUGGCACGGCGGCAGCGGCACCAUGUCUACACUCUCUCGUUUGUGUGUUUUCCACAGUGACUUUUAGUGGCCCAGGGCCAAGGGAGAACGGGACGAUUGCCAGCAGCUGUUGGGUUUGGAUUUUUUUAAAAAUCAGAACAAGACAAGAAGCAGGUUGAACCUAUAAGUUUGGGUGUGGGUUACUUUACUGGCCUUCUUCAGGACUUUUUAUUUGCAUUGUGGUGCUGGGAAGCAGUCGAGCUAAAAUAUUGCAGUAGAGAAAGACAGAAGAGCUGGGGCGACAAGGCGAAUUCACAGGCCCUGCUGUUGGGUCCGAAAGCUGCUGCACAGCUGAUGUGGGGUCUGCUCCGACAGCACGCCACCGCCGUCUGCAGCCCCGCAGCCCUGCCUGCGCAGCAGCGCGGACGGGCGCUCGUGUUAGCUAAUGGAGCGUCACGGGGUUGUCAGCAGAAGGGCUGGAGAGGAAGAUGACCUUCGGAAGUCCCCAAAGAUGGUGGAUGUCUACUGUUUUCCACCUGGGAUAUUUUUCCUAUGGCCAGUCAAGCUGGAUCUCAGCCCGCCCCACAGAUGCCCAGGCACUCAGCAGUCACAUUCCCAUCCUCGACAGCUGCUGUUCCUCCGACACAGCCGUACCCACCUCCACAAGUGCCUGAUGUCCUCAGACCUCCCAGUCUCCCAGCUCCAUGGGCACCUGAAGCCCCCUGCCCAGCCCCUCACCAGCUCUGCUCCCGCUGGGUGCCCACAGACCCCGGGUUUCUGGCUACACUACUUAAUUGCCAUUUGUCCCAGCUACUCUUUCUGAUGCCAGCAGACAAGCGUCCCAGGAGCAAAGCAGUGGGGCCAGGAUCUGUGGGAGCUGCAAGGCCAUGGGACCCUGCUGUUAGACCUGUCCUUUGGGAGGUGGCUGUAGUAACUGGCUGGUGCUACCACGGUGCUUCAGGGGCUUGUAAAGGAAAUGCCGAAGAGACCUUCUGCCUUUCUGAGCAGUGCACGUGGCUCCUGCGAAUUGCAGUGGUUGAUUGCAGCCUGUGGGGACAGUGUCCCACAUGGCCUGUUCCACGCACACCAUCCCACACACACUGUCCCACGUGCACCGUCCCACACGCACUGUCCCGUGCACAACGUCCCACACGCACUGUCCCACGCACAGCAUCCCACACACACCGUCCCACACACACUGUCCCACGCACAGCAUCCCACACACACCGUCCCACACACACUGUCCCACAUGCACCGUCCCACACGCACCGUCCCACAUGCACUGUCCCACGCACACCAUCCGUGCACACCAUCCCACGCACACUGUCUCACAUGCACCGUCCCACACACACUGUCCCAUGCACACCGACCCACACACUCUCACGUGCACCAUCCCACACGCACUGUCCCACGCACACUGUCCCACACGCACCAUCCCACACGCACCAUCCCACACGCACUGUCCCACACGCACCAUCCCACACGCACCAUCCCACACGCACCAUCCCACACGCACUGUCCCACGCACACUGUCCCACACGCACCAUCCCACACGCACCAUCCCACACGCACCAUCCCACACGCACUGUCCCACACGCACCAUCCCACGCACACUGUCCCACACGCACCAUCCCACACGCACCAUCCCACACGCACUGUCCCACACGCACUGUCCCACGCACACUGUCCCACACGCACCAUCCCACACGCACCAUCCCACGCACACUGUCCCACACGCACCAUCCCACACGCACCAUCCCACACGCACCAUCCCACACGCACUGUCCCACACGCACCAUCCCACGCACACUGUCCCACACGCACCAUCCCACACGCACCAUCCCACACGCACUGUCCCACACGCACUGUCCCACGCACACUGUCCCACACGCACCAUCCCACACGCACCAUCCCACGCACACUGUCCCACACGCACCAUCCCACACGCACCAUCCCACACGCACCAUCCCACACGCACUGUCCCACACGCACCAUCCCACGCACACUGUCCCACACGCACCAUCCCACACGCACCAUCCCACACGCACCAUCCCACACGCACCAUCCCACACGCACUGUCCCACACGCACUGUCCCACGCCCACCAUCCCACGCACUCCAUCCCCCGUGCGCUGUCCCACAUGCACCGCCUGUCCCCAGCCGUUCCACAUGACAUGGUGGUGGCACAGCCUGCGCCCAGGCUGCUGCACACAGGCUGCAGCUCUGCCGUGGGGACAGAUAACGGGCACUCAGUCUACAGCCAGCAACGGCUGAUCAGUCGGCAGCUGCUGGUGAGUCCCAGCAGUUGGGAACAUCUGGGAAAAGCAGGCUGUUUUUCCAGGCCUAAGCGCUGGCUUGACUCUGUUUCAUACCUCAAUUUCAAAGACAGCGCAGGCCCACCUGACGCCCGUAUUCAGAUUUGUUUAUUUGGCUCUGCUUUCCACAACGUGGCCAAGCCUGCAUUGCCCGCGGUGCUUCAGUUCCCCACUUCCCACACAGCCACGAGCCCACCAAAACCACCUGCUCAGCCCUGCCCGGGGGUGUAGGUGAGCGCGGCACGUACAGGGUCUUGCCAGGGUAAUACUUCUUAUGGGGGGCUGCAGCGCGCUCAGGCUUUACUGGCACAGGCAUCUAUGAGGGGUGAUCAUGCUGGUACAGGCAGACAGCAAGUCUGUGCCUUGCCACGCGGGGUCCAACGGCGGGCAGUGGUUUUGCCACUGUGGUACAGAGCAGAGCUUGUGGUGGAGCCAUGCCCACCCGGAGCCCUGAGCCUGCCAGAGCCCUGUGCCCGCCAGAUCCCUGUGCCCACCUGGAGCCCUGUGCCCACCUGGAGCUCUGUGCCCGCCAGUUCCCUGUGCCCACCUGGAGCCCUGUGCCCACCUGGAGCUCUGUGCCCGUCAGAUCCCUGUGCCUACCCGGAGCCCUGUGCCUACCCGGAGCCCUGUGCCCGUCAGAUCCCUGUGCCCACCUGGAGCCCUGUGCCCACCUGGAGCCCUGUGCCCACCUGGAGCUCUGUGCCCGUCAGAUCCCUGUGCCCACCUGGAGCCCUGUGCCCACCUGGAGCUCUGUGCCCGCCAGUUCCCUGUGCCCACCUGGAGCCCUGUGCCCACCUGGAGCUCUGUGCCCGCCAGUUCCCUGUGCCCACCCGGAGCCCUGUGCCUACCCGGAGCCCUGUGCCCGUCAGAUCCCUGUGCCCACCUGGAGCUCUGUGCCCGCCAGAGCCCUGUGCCCACCAGAGCCCUGUGCCCGCCAGAGCCCUGUGCCCGCCAGAGCUCUGUGCCCACCCGGAGCGCGGUGCCCACCUGGAGCUCUGUGCCCGCUGGAGCCCUGUGCCCGCCAGAGCCCUGUGCCCACCCAGAGCCCUGUGCCCGCCAGAGCCCUGUGCCCACCCAGAGCCCUGUGCCCGCCAGAGCCCUGUGCCCGCCAGAGCCCUGUGCCCACCCGGAGCCCUGUGCCCACCAGAGCCCUGUGCCCACCCGGAGCGCGGCGCCCACCCGGAGCGCGGCGCCCACCUGGAGCGCGGUGCCCACCCGGAGCGCGGCGCCCACCCGGAGCGCGGCGCCCACCCGGAGCGCGGUGCCCACCCGGAGCGCGGCGCCCACCCGGAGCGCGGUGCCCACCCGGAGCGCGGUGCCCACCCGGAGCGCGGCGCCCACCCGGAGCCCUGUGCCCACUGGAGCGCUGGCACGGCCCUCCAGCACCGAGACGCCACAAGCACAAAACAAAUGCCGGAGACUGUAGAGGUGAACCUGACGAGAGAAGUGCAGCACAUCGCGCUGUGUCCCCCCGCGUAAUACCAGCUACUCCUGCUUCUCAGAUGUCUUCAAAAGCGAAGGGGACGAGGUUUAGGCCGAUUGAUUGCCACGUGUGUGUUGUGCAGAAAGCAGUGCCAGUGCUUCUGCUGCUUGGGCCGUGCAGGAGCUGAGCAUCGCCAUCAGCUCUUCAGGCAAAUGCCGUCAUGGUACAUCUGGGUUCUUUGCAAAUUCUCAGCAAGAACAAUUUUCCUUAUACUUUUCAGUCAUGCUAUGGGAUUUUCAUUAAAGGAAGGGGUAGGGAAAAACCCAAAACUAUCGAAGGGGAGGAUCUCUCUUUACGGUUAUUUGUAAUGGCUUUUCCUCCCUGGCUGGCUCUGGCUCUGACUGUGCUCUUCCUCCUGAAAUCCCGCCAUGUGGGUGGCAACCGAAUCUGUAGAUGACCUUCCUGAGUGCCAGCCAACAGGACGGUGUUCUUGAUAGCCUUUCCUAUUUUAGAGGGCUGCAAGCAUUUUAAAUGUUGAUGUGAUCUACUACUGAUAUUUGCAAAUGAACCGGUAAAAAAAUCCUGCUGGUGCAUUCCUCUCUUGUGGAACGUUUUCUGGCUAUUAGCAGAAGAAUACAAUGAAUAACUGGGUUGGUAAUGCCCUGAUCUGUCAUCAGCAGGAGGGUGUUUACGAGCAAUCUGAAUCGCUUCUCUGAAGAGCUUUAUAUUUUGCACGAGCUCAUGUCAGUAAAGUUUUCAUUAGUCAAUGAGAGAGGAGGUAUCCUGCUGGGUACUUUUCUGCUGGGAGAUUGGGAAGAAAUCAGACUUAAUAGGGAUUUGCAUACACUGAUUUGCUGGUGGAAGCAUAGUGCAAAAGAAAAACGUUUUUGAAGGGGAUACUGCCUAUGUAUAAUCUGCCAGCCACAUGCAACUCACGCGUAUGGUGGCUCCCCAGCUGCAUAAGCUUUAAGAAGGGGGCAGGAGCUCCCCUGAAGUACCCCUGGCCGAUGGGGCAGGGGAGCAGUCAGGCUGCCUUCGUCGACAAGUUCCCCAGAGGCCCUGGGCGCUCAAGUGGGGCGCUGGGGUUAUGUUCUGCGUCUCUUCAGCGUCAGAGCAAGCUUCUGCAACUUUUUAUUCAAAAAUUGACUUUUUAUGAUACUGUUAGAGGAGUGACCGGAGGGCGUGGGAACCAGGAUCGCCAGCACCUGAGUCUCUGUUUGCCAGGGAGCGUUAGUGCUGUUUCCUUGUUUAUUUUCCUGGGCUGCUGCAGGAACUGGGGAAAAAAGAGGCUUGAGAAAUACCAAAGUCCAGAUCCUGCCAUAUAUAUUUGUACUUUGUGUUUUCUUGUCUACUUUUGUUUUAAUAAAGCAAAGAGGAUUUCA